GUAGUGGACUGAGUUCGUUCCGUCUAUCUUCCUUCUCUCUUGAAACGUCAAUUGGUUUUGGCUGCUAAUCCACUCCUCAGCUGCAGAAGAGACGAAACAAAUUCUUCUUUUUCGGAAGGUCUGCUCAAGAAAACAAAAAAACUUGAGCUACAGGGAUCAAAAAGUAUCAAAUUUACUCCGGCAUGUAUGUCUGCACUUGAGGAUCUUCUUUAUCAUGUUUAUUUUGUUCAAUCUCCCAGACCAAGCGAUUAUGAUCAAAGGAGAGAUUUGGUUCGUAUUUUUAAUCUGAUGGCAAGGGAAACAUUCGGUAAUCACAGUGAAUUCCCUGUUGUGGAACCUUUUGGGUCUUUCUUAAUGGAUAUGUUCAGUGCCGAAAGUGAUCUGGAUUUAUCUAUUAAUUUCAGUGACGAUAGGGUUGAAUUUCCCCGAGAGAAGAAGAUUCAAGCACUCAGAAAGUUUGCCAAACUCUUGUAUCCUCUUCAAAGAAAAGGGCAUGUUUCUUCUGUCCAACCCAUCUUGAGAGCUAGGGUGCCUAUUCUGAAAUUUGUGGAUCGUGGAACUGGAAUUGAGUGUGAUAUUUCAGUUGAAAACAAGGAUGGCAUUGUCAAGUCCCAGAUUAUUCACAUUAUUGCUGCAAUAGAUGAAAGAUUUCAGAAACUAAGUUGUCUGAUGAAAACAUGGGCAAAGGCACAUGACAUUAACAGCUCAAAAGAUCACACUAUGAACUCCUUAUCCAUAAUAUCAUUAGUCGCGUUUCAUUUACAGACUCGCAGCCCUCCUAUUUUACCAGCAUUUCGUGACCUAUUUAAAGAUGGCACUGAUCCUGCAUGUGCGAUGAAAUUGGUCCAUGGUUUUCUGCAAUAUGGUAAAAGAAAUAAAGAAUCUUUAGCUGAACUCUUUCUGACUCUGUUGACUAAGCUGGUAUCGGUUGAGACGCUAUGGCCUGAAGGUCUUUGUGCAAGUACAUAUGAAGGAUGUUGGAUAUCUAAAACAUGGGAUUCUAAAGUUGGCUAUAUAAAUAUUGAGGAUUUCACUGAUAGGUCUCAGAAUGUUGCAAGGUCAGUUGGAGAGGAAGGGUUCCAGAAAAUCUACAAGUGCGUCCACACAUCUCUUCAUUACCUGUCAGCCUUCAUGGAUGAUAGAAUUCAAGCACCCAAGUUGGAAGGACUUUUUUUCGGGCCUGAACCUCAUUCUAAUCUAAAAAAUGAUGCUGCUGUGAAUCUUAAGAGAAGCUUUCCCUUCUCCGAUCCUGUAAUGCUGCCACCCCCCUCCAACCCCAUCCCAACAAAGAGGAUGCGGUUUGAAGGAGUUCCAGUAGGAGAAUUCAAACCACAUGGUUGGAUUCCAUGGGAUCAUGCUUCUCAGAUUCAACCUAUUCCUAAUCAACAUCCUCCAGUUGUAGCUCAAGAAUAUUGUUACAGAUCAGAGCAAGUGCCUUCUGGUUCUGUAUGGUCAGGUGGUCCUUCGCACAUCUCUUCUGUUCCGCCGCCAUAUGGGCGAGGAUUGCAGCAAAGCCCCUGGUUUGUGGGAUCGCAAAAUAUGAAUCACAUGCUUAAUCGUGAACUAGCGCAUGCAACACAUUUCCAACCCUGGUGCUACCACAACCCAGGAUAAGGGGCCAUUUUCUGUAUGUACAUGGUUAGCUUCCUUGAGAUCCAAUUCUGAUGCCAAAUGGUCGUUGAUUUCUUCCCUGUCAGUAGGUGUAAAUUUUUCUCAUAGACAUCAUCUCCACAAAGAUCACCUAGACUGACAGAAAUGCACGUUUGUUUACUUAGAAAAACAUAAACACAUCAUCUAGGGAGAGAUGUCAAUCAAUGGUGGAAACUUCUAGGGCUAACCUCUACAAAGAUAAGGUGAUCUUUGAAAAUGACUCUGACUGGACAUAAUGCUGUCAAACUGCUUUCAGCUGUGCAAAAAUUUUCCUUGUACUUAGCAAGCUAUGGAUUGGUAGAUUUUUUUGUCAUCAUAGGUGAUCAUGAAACAAGAUGGUUAGUAAGCAUCA